UGACCUUCGGCCUUUUUUGCUCUGCCAAGAGCACAAUGGCAGUGGCGCAGCUCUCUGCCUCUUUGCUUCCACCUGCCGGUCGACCUAAUAACUCACUCAGACGGAGGGGGAAGAAGACCAUUUUCACUCCCUUCCCCUAUAGUAUCCGAUGUCCAUCUGCUCAAAGCGCGCGGGCAUCCGUUGUUUCUGCUCAAUCGGCCACCAUAGUUCAGAUUCCUGGAGGAAGGUCUUCAAGUUGGCAACCUAUGGAAGGAGGUGAUUUCAAUUAUGCAUCAUUGGGGUCCCAAACAACUAAUGAGUGGGCUAAUCUUGAUGCUGAUCUUUAUCAAUCGAUAAAAGCUUUACGCCCGGUGCAGUGGUAUCCAGGUCAUAUUGCAAAAACUGAGAAAGAAUUGAAGGAUCAACUUAAAUUGAUCGAUGUUGUGAUAGAGGUUCGAGAUGCAAGAAUUCCUUUGUCAACAAGCCAUCCACAGAUGGACUCAUGGCUUGGAAAUCGGCGAAAAAUACUAGUUUUAAACAGGGAAGACAUGAUAUCUUCUGCAGAUAGGAAUGCAUGGGCUACAUACUUUGCAAGGCAAGGAAUAAAGGUGGUUUUUGCCAAUGGGCAACUUGGAAUGGGGACUAUGAAACUUGGAAGGUUGGCAAAGUCAUUAGCUCUUGUUGUGAAUGCUAAACGCAGGAAGAAAGGACUUCUCCCACGGCCAGUUCGAGCUGGAGUGGUUGGUUAUCCAAAUGUAGGCAAAUCCUCUUUAAUUAAUCGUCUCCUAAAGCGACGAAUGUGCCCAGCAGCCCCCAGGCCUGGUGUCACAAGAGAACUAAGGUGGGUUCGCUUUGGCAAGGAUCUAGAGUUGCUUGAUUCGCCUGGCAUAUUACCUAUGCGUAUUAGUGACCAGACAGCUGCUAUCAAGUUGGCUAUAUGUGAUGACAUUGGGGAACGUUCUUAUGAUGUGUCUGAUGUGGCUGCAAUUCUUGUUCAGUUGUUAAAAAGGCACCCAGAAAUAGGUUCAAAGGCCCUGUAUAAUCGCUACAGGAUUGAUGCAGAUGCUUUCUCCAGCAGGACGUUUGUAGAGAAGCUUUCACUUCAAUUGUUCAAUGGAGAUGUAAACCAAUCAGCAUUUCGAAUAUUGACAGACUAUCGCAAGGGGAAGUUCGGUUGGUUUGCACUUGAGAGACCUCCCAUAUAGGCAUGCUUGAUGAGCUUGCUCGCUUCAUCUUUUCACUAUCCUGCUAUUCAUGAGGCACGUUGUAUAGCUAUUUCCUUUUUAUGGUUCCCUUUUAUAAUUUGCGUAGAAAUUAUUCUAGAUUCAGGUUUGUAUUCAAGAAGGGAACUUUUACGUUGUAUACUUGGAACCUUUUAUCCUGCAAGAACAUUAAAAAGGUUGUGUUAGUCGAUAUAAACUACACGGUAAGGAUCAUAAAUGGCAAAAGGCUGCAUAUAAAUAAAUAAAUGAAUCUCAUUGUUUGUUAGCUAAA